GUGGCUAGUGCGUUAGUGAAGAAGGCAGAUAAGGAAUAUGUGGAUGAAAAAGAAAAUGAAAUUAAAGAAAGGGUUGAAUGGUACCAUGAACGGACUUCAAAGAUUUUAAAAACUAAAGCCGAUACAGGAUGGGUUUCAGGGUGUUUAGACCUUAAAGCCGACAAAGAAACUGUAGAUAUGUUGACACAAACGGUUUCAAGUCAUACCAGAGGUUUAAUGGAAGAUGGACAACAGUUGAAAGAGCUUGAGAAAGGUGUUACAGAGUUAAGGAAUACAAAAGCAGACUCGACAUGGAUAAAAGGAUAUGUAGAUGCAACAAAAGAACGUAUUUUCGCAUGGACAGAAGGAACAUACCCACAAAAAUAUCAUAGACAUAGCAUCUCUGACGUAAAUGAACUUGAAGAAAAGUUAUAUAAAAAAGCAGACAAAACAGAGCUUCAAACAUUAAAGACAGAAAUACUUCAAACAGUAUAUCCUAUAGGUUCUAUUUAUACGUCAAUGAACUCUACCAGACCAGAAGUAGUACUUGGUUUUGGAACUUGGACUCAAAUAGUCGACAGGUUUUUGUAUUGUGCAAACUCUUCAAAGGAAACAGGUGGAAGUAAAGCGAUUUCAGGUGAAAAUUUACCUGCACACAGUCACUACAUAGAUUUAAGUACAUCUCAAGCAGGUUGGCAUAAGCAUAGAUAUUGGGAUUGGUCAGGAAUGACAAAAGGUAAAGGAUAUGAUGUUAAAGACAACGUUAAGUUUGCUAUAAAUUGUUACUGGAGUGACACUCAGGGAGAAGGAAACCAUACACAUAACGUUUCAGGAUAUACGCAAACAACGGGACAAAGUAAAGACUACAUGCCACCUUACAUGACAGUUUACGCAUGGUAUAGAAUUGCUUAG